AUGGCCAACUGGUAUGUUGGAAUAGACCACAACCGAGUGCGCAUUGACAUUUUAACCACCUACAUCAAUGCUGCUGACUGUUACGAGGAAUUCGACAGGAAACUGACCAACAUUCAACUCGCGAAAGAUGGUAGGCUAGAUUUACAUAGCCUCGUCAUGGGAAGAAUUCUCCAAGACACCAUUCAAAGGACAUUGAGGCACAUCGGUCCAGACUUAGAUAUACCCCGAAGGCAACGAGAGCCAAGUGACUAUAUCUUUCGGGACGGUGAACUUGUCAUCUUCGGGAAAUUCCCCAUUCUCGAAAAGGAUGAGUUUCACCUCAUUCACAUAACACCAAUUCCCGUUGCAGUGGAAAACGGCACAUUCAUCGUGCCAGAAAUAGAAGCAGACACAAUGGGAAUCGAUUUCAACAAACAGAUUUACUUCACAUUAGAGGAUGGACACAAUCAGUGUUCUCCUAUCGGUUCCGGGAAAUACUACUGUAGACUAAGUCUCUUGCACAACAUGGACCAGAACCCUAAUUGUGUAAUCGACGAAAUAUAUCAUCGACAUCCAAAAACCAAAUGUGAGAUGAUAGCCGUACGCUUAGAGGGGACGUUGUGGAAGAGGUUGGCAAUGGAAAACACGUGGCUGUUCAUUGCUUCACAACCUACGUCCGUUGCAGUCAUCUGUAAGGGGCAUCGAGAAGAGAAGCUGCUGAAGAAUGCUGGAAUUCUCCGGAUUAAAGAAGGCUGCGUUAUCAAAACCAAGAGGCAAACCCUUCAUUCAACGAUAGAACACCAUAUGAAGGCUUCUGCUACAUACAUUAAGCCUUUAGAGUUUGCAGUCGUAGAGUCUUCCGGACUCAGAAGAUCGCUAUAA